AUGUUGUACAAAAAAGUUAUCAUUAAAAAUAAUGACAUUUUCGGCACACGGUCUCAAAGAAAAUCUCUUAAGACGGCGCUUACUCGAAUACUGGCCAUAUCGGGUAUAAUGUUGGUGUUAUUAAUGCUGAUCAUAGUCUAUCAUGCAAUUGUCUUCGAUAGAAUGGAUAAACUUCGUCAAAUUGAGGCGCUAAAUAUCCAACAUCGAAAACACCAAAGUCAUCCCACCCUCACACAUUCGGGUCCGAACUCCCCUAAUAUAGAAAUCAUAACUGCUACUGGUCAAGAAUCUUCCGCUGAUGCAUUGCCUGUCAGUCAGUAUGAUCAAAGUCUAGACGUACAACAUUUGCGAUCGAGAAUUUUUCGCCACCGACACGGAAGAAGAGCUCUGUCAAGUAUGUUGGACUCAGUAUUUCUGGAACGUGAGCCCGAUUUCGAUAGCCUCUAUGCGAAAGUACGAAAUAAGCGCACACGAAUGGAGCUGGGCAAACUCGAGAAGGAAUAUUUCCGUUGCAAGAAGGAAUCGAUAAAUAGCAACGGAUGCAUGGUUGCCUUUAUGAAGCUCUACAACUUAGCCAAAGAAAUUAGUGAUAAAAUGGAUAAAAUGAAGAAGAUAUUUAAUGAAAACGACGAAGUGCUGCAACGGAGCCAUAGUUCCACAUCUCACGAAUCAAAGGAUUCGACGGAUAAAAAGUUCUCAACCAAAGACGAGGAUGUGCAUAGUGGAGAAAAGUUGGAAGACUUUAUUAGCUCAACGACGGAGACAAGCUUUACGUUGGUUGCUGGAGAGGAGGAUAGUAAAGAGAAAAAUUCAAGUACUACCGCAGAUGACAAACGUAUACACUAUAGUUGGAUAAUAGAUGGGCAUGAUGAACAUUUUCAGGCAAAUAAUCCGGAAAAGCAGAAUAUGGCUACAACGCCACGUAUUGGCUCGUUAACAACAACACCUGUAACUGAAAUGUUGCCUACCACGCGUGCGCCAACGACGGAGGCGGUAACUGAGAAACUAACGCAUGGAACAGAAAGCGCGCCUACAGCGACGACAGAUAGACCCGCAAAAAUAAGUUGGAUUUUGGAUGGCCACCAGAGCGGCGAAGUCGCGCCGAUAGAGAUUGAGAAGAAACAUAAUGACACCACUUUUACGCACACAGAAAAUGAAUCUCAUAAGAUAAGUUGGAUAUUGGAUGGAUUUGAAAGUGAUAAUGAAACAAUAAUACCUUUGGAUAGGCCUGUAAUGUCUGAAACAACGGUUAAACCGCAUGAAACAAAUGCAACUACACCAACAAAUGAGUUCACAUCGAUUAGGCCACAAACGCCUAAGCCGAUGACCGUAGAUGAAAAGCCGGAAAAGAUCAGUUGGAUCAUAGACGGACAUCAUGAAGAGGAGGAAGACGUUGCAGUUGCUAAUACGACUAAGUCGAGCUCAACGCCGGAAGAUACAACAGCAGUUACAGAAAGGAUAACUUGGAUUUUAGAUGGCGACGACAACGAAGAAACAACAACUCCCAAAUUGACAACAAAACCCGCAAGCCAAGCCGAAGAUAAGCCGGAUAGGUUUAGUUGGAUUAUAGAUGGAAACGAUGACAAUGCUACAGCUACUACUACUAUUACUACUGCUACCAUGACUGUGAAGACCACGGACACGCCCUCGCCCUCGCCCUCGCCCCCGCCCUCGUCAACACGCGAUAUAUUCGAAGAACUGGAAGAGAUUACGGAAGGUGUUGAGAUGCAGGAAGACAAGCUGCGUAAAUUAAAAAACGAUGCUCUAAGCGAAGAAGAAAAUGAGGCCAAAAGCACAAUAGCUCCACACAAGCACUAUACAUCCUUUUCAGUUACACUUACGAACACCUCAGACGUCAUUAUCACAUAUGGUGGAGACUGUGCUACAACACCCAAAACAACGUCAACUACACCUCAACAACAGCAAGAUCAUGAAAAAACGCGCACCGGCGACAAAGACUCAGCGCAUCCAUUAGAUUAUGCAAGUAGUGUGGAGAAUAUGCUUGAAAGCGCCGAAGGCCAGCAUGGCUUUAAGCCUAUCAAACACGAUGACGCUGGGUUAGACAACAAGAAUCUAAGUCUGACAACUACGAGUCCGUAUGAUCCAAAACAGUGGGAGGAACUAUUUCGAAAGGGUUUGGUGGUACAGCAACAGGAGGAUGAGUUAAUUGACACCUUCGAUGCGGCGGAUCUCAAGGCAAUGAUGAAAUAUGGUGCGAAGCUAAAUACGGCGAAUGUAAAUAGCUUUAAAGACGCACAAUUUCUGCUGCUGUGCGAGCAGGUGGCAAAGCGUCUACGCAAUAAGGGCGCGAACAAAGAUGCAACAGCUUUCACGCCAGCACCAGGCGCGCAAUUCACAAGUCGUGCACCAGGUGUAUUCCCGGUAACGGGCGAGACGAUGAAGGCCACAGCUCAGUUUCUUUAUAAUCCCAACUUCGGCAUGCCCACCAUACCAAUCUGUUUCUAUAUAACACCUGCGAAUUUUCGCUUAGCCAACCAAAGUCCCAUGUGGACACCAGCAUUUCAGGGUAUGCCUGGUGGUGGAUUCAGUAGCGGUCCCAUGGGUUUCAACACACCAAAUGGCGUUUUCUUUGUACCACAGAAUUUUGGACCAACUGGAAACUUCUUUGGCCAAACUGGCGGCACCGGAAGUGGCGGCAGUCAAAGUAAUAUUCCAAAUGUAUUUACGAAGAAUGCAGCACCACGAAAGCAGCAGCAGCAAUUCUUUUGCACCUACAUGCAGAACAAUGCAAAUAAUAAUUCUGGCGGCUCGAGUGGUGGUGGACUUGGCAGCGGUAGUAGCAGCAUUAAUGGCAUGGGUUUCUCGAAUGCCAACUUUAAGAUGCGCACUAGCGCGCAGAAUCUUUCGACCGAUAUCAUUUACGCGUCCUACACGAAUGUACCCGACCACUUGGGUCACAUGGAUCAUUUCAAGUGCGAUUCGCCGGAACAGACAGGCUGCUAUGGUGGUAAGGAAUGCAUUCAGAAAAGCGCUUGGUGUGACAAUUUUGUUGACUGCUCCGAUGGCAGCGAUGAGGCAGCGUGUCGUUGCAUAGAUCGGCUGGCUAGUAAUCGUAUUUGUGAUGGAUACGCCGACUGUCCGAUGGGAGAGGAUGAGCUGGGCUGUUUUGGCUGCAAUGAUUUGAUUUAUUCCUGCUACGGCAGUCCUGAGGAGUAUGCCGCAUUCAAUCGUUCGACGUUGUCCAUGUGUUACAGUGCAACGGAAAAGUGUGACGGUAUUAUGAACUGUCUGAAUGGACGCGACGAACUGGAUUGCAAUAUAAUUGUGAAAGACGUGAAGGAUCACAUGUCACAUGCGGUGUCCAGUUCAAGUGGUUUUCUCUUCCACAACUACCGUGGUGAGUGGUAUCCAGUGUGCAAUAACGCGCAAAAGUGGGCACAGGAUGCGUGCGCUAAUGAGGCGGAUCGUAGCGGCAGCCCAAAUGUGACUUUUAGCUCUGUUACGCUACCAGGUCCAUUUAUUGAACCCACCUUGGUAGGGCAAGCACAUUUUCCGCAAUCAUGUCAGCAGCGGGACUCAGACGAUAACCUGCUAGAUCAGGCUGCUUAUGUUACGUGCUCACCAACUGAGUGUGGCAAGCUGAAGAAAAAAGUGAAGACACCCUUUCGUCGAAAGCGUUCUAGGGCAUUAUUGCCUGAAAUGCAGAAAGUUAAAGAGGAAGAGCAGCCUGAAGUAUCAAAUGGACGUAUUGUGGGCGGUAGUUACAGUAAAGCAAUGCAGUGGCCCUUUGUUGUUGCGAUAUACAGAGAUGGGAAGUUUCAUUGUGGCGGUACAAUAUAUUCUGAAAAUUGGAUCAUUAGCGCCGCACACUGUGUCAUAAACUAUCACAAAUACUAUUACGAGAUACACGCUGGCUUGUUGCGUCGAUCUAGCUUUUCGAGUUCCACGCAAAUUCGUGCAAUAUCACAUAUCAUUGUGCAUCAAGCAUACGAGAGACGCUCCAUGCGUAACGAUCUUUCCCUCCUGAAAAUGAGUGCAGCCUUAACGUUUAAUCGUUGGGUAAAACCAAUAUGUUUACCAGAUAUUGGGCGAACCACAGCGGGAGAUGAUUGGAUUAGGGGACCGAAAGAGAACACGCUAUGUACGGUAGUGGGUUGGGGAGCGGUGCGUGAAAAAGGACCCGGCAGUGACCAAUUACGCGAAGUUGUUGUACCGAUCCGAAAGCAGUGCAACGAGUUAGACGAUAGACAGUCCGAGAAUGUUUGCGCUGGUGAUGUGAGUGGCGGACGUGAUGCCUGCCAGGGUGAUUCUGGUGGCCCGUUAUUCUGUCGCAGCGUCAAUAAUACAGACGAAUGGUACUUGGCGGGUGUAGUCAGUCAUGGUAACGGUUGUGCGCGUCCAGGUGAAUUCGGCGCUUAUACACGUGUGGCGCUUUACUUGGACUGGAUAGAAUUGGCGAUGAAAUUCCCAGCGAAACUACAACCACGCUUAAUAUGUCCUGGUUAUGUCUGUGUGUGGGGUGGCGAGCGUUGCAUUUCAAAGAAAAGGCGCUGCGAUCGUGUUGUAGACUGCUUAGGUGGCGAAGAUGAAGUUGGCUGCACUUACAAUUUCAUACCAGAUAUGGUUGGUAGCGUGCACAACAUAUCCACCACAACCGAGAGUGAUUACUAUCCUGAGAGUGUAGUGACAUCACCGCCCUGUAAAGCAGGAAAUUCAGCUACGCAGGCGCGUGCUGAAGUUGAGAGUGUUGAAAAUACAAUGACGCCUGGUACUACAGGAAUACAAACAAACGCUAGUGAAUCGAACGGAAGCAGCACUACACAGAGAGUAACAGCUGAUUCCAGCGCAAAUACAGCUACCACGGCUGAGGCUGGUACGAAACGUAAAAGUACUACGGAAAUGAGUACAGCCCAAUCAAAACUUUCGGAAACUACCACAGCGGUGUCACAAAUGGAAGCCAGUACUAUGGUUCCUACUUCUAUAGAUACCACCACAGAAGAACCUGUUACAACGGAGACUAGCACCGAGGAGCCUUCUACGACGGAUAUUACUACAACGGAGGUGACAGCCUCAGAAACUAUGUCGUCAGCAUUUACUUCGACUGAAGCCAGUACAACAACUACGGUAGAAAGUACAAAAAUCAGUACCGUCGACCAAAGCAACACCUCGACAGUUGGUACCAGUCCAACUAAUACCACCGGAAUAACAACAACGGAAACAAGUACGAUGGAUACUACUACUGACAUUUCGUCAACCACUGAUCUUACAACGGUAUCCCUAAAAUCCUUUGAUGUUGAAAAUUUGGUUACAACAACUCCUAAUGAUUCCAAGCUCUCCUCUACGUUGAGGUCGGAAACGACGAGCCUUGUGACAACUGAAGGCAUUACAGCUGCGGCGACUACUACGGUGAAACCAAGAAAGUUGAGUAACUCAACAAUACCUGGGAAAUUUAUAUGUCAGAGGAUACCGCAGAUUGUCGAGGUGAAAAAUCGCUGUGAUCGUGUGCUAGACUGCGAAGAUGGCUCUGACGAGGACGAUUGUAGUUGUCGCGACUACUUGAAAGGAUCACUUAAUAUACUCAUUUGUGAUGGAAAAGCUGAUUGUGAAGACUUAACCGAUGAAGAAAACUGUGGUAACUGCAGCGCCGACGAGUACCUCUGUCCACUUUCGAAAAUUUGCCUACCACUGGAGAAGCGUUGCGACGCCAUUAUUGAUUGCGAUUUCAGGGAGGAUGAAAAGGACUGCUUCACUUUAACUAAUGGCAGGGAGAUCGUUUUGGACACCGAUAGACGUCCCGUUUUGAAGAGUGCUGGCAUAUUUUCGCGCAACAGUCAUGGUAAAUGGCGCGUGGUAUGUUCUCAUGAAAUUCCCCACUCCGAGCAAAUCGCUACAACGGCAGCAAACGUAUGCGCCCAGCUGGGUUUCAGAAGCUUAAAAUUCUAUAAUACAACCCAAUUUAUGCCGCACGACACCAUUGUGCCUAUUCAUCCUGACAUACGCAAAAAGAUGCGUUUGCAAUCACAUUUUUCAUCGAUAUACGACGACAACCACCACUUAUCUAGCGUUGAGCGUCAAUUUCGCGCAGAUGAUUUUGUCUUCAAAGCUCGCACUCAAUAUAUAGAACGUGUCAUGGAUGAGUGUUUGGGUCUAUAUGUGGAAUGUGAAGCGAAAGCAAAUGGUGUAGAGCCCAUAAGGACCAUAAGCGCUGGCGAGCUCGUAUCAUCAGACGGCGUGCAUUCAACCGGACUGCAGCCGGCUUUGGAGACACAUGGUAAACCGAAUGUUUUUGUGACGCCACCAUCGCCAGUGUUGCUGGUGAAAAAGAAGGAUGAAGUGCUCGAUAAGUUGGACGGGGUAAUUGAGAGCCGGAAAAAUAUGACGCUAUUGAUAGAUAACAAAUUGCAUGAAGCCGUGGAGGAGCUGCAUUGGCCAUGGAUUGUUGAUGUUUACGUUGAUGGUAGGUUGUGGUGUGUGGGCGCAUUGGUUGAUAAGCAUUGGGUCAUGGUGCACGAAACAUGUCACUACGGCGUCAGAUUCAACACCAAUUAUAUUGCCGUACUACUGGGUGGUGGCAAGACGAAACGACGUCGGCACAAAAGCACCCACGAACAGAUACGACGUGUUGAUUGCUUUGAGCUGGUGCCCAAGAGCGAUGUACUGUUGUAUCACUUGGAAAAACCGGCACACUUUACACAUUACGUGCUACCAACAUUCUUGCCGGACUCCUUCAAACCCACCACCGAUGAGUCCAGCCAAUGCAUAGCAAUUUUACACGAUGACCACAGCGGUCGUAUCAAAGCUGUAGCCGCAAUUGAGGAGCGAAAUGAUUCAUUGUGCAAAGUCUCCGAUAUGUCAUGCUAUCGACUGGUGGAGCGUAAACCACCGCAGCAGGUACUUAAUGAGCUGUCAGUAAGCGAAGAAGAUGUUGCCAGUUUAUCGGAGGAAGUUGUACUAAAGGAAGCCUUCCUCGAUGGGAACGACACAUUGGGUUCGACGAUUUCCCGUUUUACUACUUGUACACAAUUCGGCAGGAAGAAUUUCAGCCGCACUGCACUAGAUCCUAUUGAUCAGGGCAUUUUGGCUUGUAGGCAAUCUGACACUGGCUGGUAUCCAAUGGCGUUGUUCGACUACAAUAAUACGAAUUGUUAUAGUUUUAAGGACUCAAUUGCAUUGCGUACGCUGGAAAAGGUUCACGGCACGAUACAGGCUUUAAUAGAUCAACCUAAAUGUGAGCAUUCUAAUGCGGCACCGGUCUGCAGCACUUUUCGUUGUACGCUGGGCGAUUGCUUGGAAGAAGAACAAAUUUGUAAUGGGUUCAGCGAUUGCCAUGACGAUGCGGAUGAAGAGAAACAAAUGUGCAUUGGACGGAAGAAAGUUUGUCAGCCAUCAGAGAUGAAAUGCCGUACCACCUAUAAGUGCAUACCAAAAACUAAAUUUUGCGAUCACAUAGCCGAUUGCGAUGACAUGACCGAUGAGCCUACACUUUGCUCUUGCUAUACGUAUCUGCAAGCCACCAACCCAAAGAAAAUAUGCGAUGGCAUACGUAAUUGUUGGGAUAAAAGCGAUGAAAGUCCAGCGCUAUGUAAUUGCACUGCUGAUCAUUUUCAAUGUGGCGGUUCAUCGAAAGAGUGCGUACCACGCGACUUUGUUUGUGACAAAGAACCCGAUUGUCCCAAUGGCGAAGAUGAGAAAUAUUGUUUUGGACUUGAAUUUCCACAGCAGAUAGUUACCAGAAAGACAGCCUUCACCCAGUCACCCCAAAUCAAACACAAACAAUUGCCCCAGUAUGGUCAGGUGAUCGAACAGACCUAUGGCGUGUGGCAUACUAAAUGUUUUGCGCGCGACAAUCCACCAGAUGUGAAGGAGGUGCGACAAAUUUGCCAAAAGCUUGGCUUUAGUCCAUUCAAACAGCCAAGCUAUCGUAUAAUUGACGACGCUGCGCAAGAGGUGGUGGAGACCAAUGAAUGGCCCGAUCAGCGUGGACGAAGUUUUGGCAAUGACUAUGAAUCGCCGCUAAACGUACGAUAUCGCAGUGCCACGAAAGCGGUGGUGGUGAGCAAAUUCUCACCGCUCAAUCUCAAUGAUGAGUUGACAUUGUUCCUGAAACCGAGCAGGCCGAUUGCCGAGGUGACGCGCUGGAAUGCGGCGGAUUCGGAUAAGUGUUAUCGGCUCGAAGUGAAAUGUAUGUAGAUCAGUCAUGACCAAAAUUUAUAGCGAAGUGGAAGCUUUUUUGAAGCUUUCCGAAGUUUUCUUAAGGAUUCGCAUUGAGCGGCGAUAGGCAAGGUGAACUUUUACUCUGCACGCGCCUAUACAAAAUGUACAGAAAGUUGAAAAGAGCUUUGUCCGCGGGCAAGGCGAUGCUCA